AUGGCGCCUAAAAUUCAUGUUGAUUACAUGCAGCAAGCUUUGAAUCUGGCCCGAAAGUCACCUCCAAAGCCUACAAAUUACCGAGUCGGGGCUCUCCUCAUUGAUGGGAAGACGAAUACUGUCCUCGCGACAGGAUAUACGCUUGAAUGCGAGGGCAAUACGCACGCGGAACAGUCUUGCUUCAUAAAACUUGCUAAAGAGCACAAUGUUACCGAAGAACAGUUGGGAGAUAUUCUACCGAAAGAGACGGUCCUCUAUACGACAGUUGAGCCAUGCUUCAAAAGAUUGAGUGGGAAUCUACCCUGCGUCCAAAGGAUAUUAAGGUUAGGGAAGGCUAUCAAGACAGUUUAUGUUGGAGUUAAAGAGCCUGAGAAGUUUGUUGGUGAGAACUCCGGCAGGAAACAGUUGGAAGACGCUGGCAUAGAAGUCGUGUUGGUGGAAGGGAUGGAAGAAGAGAUUCUGGAGGUUGCUACGGCUGGUCAUAUCCCUGAGAGUUGA